GAUUUUCUCGUCAAAAGUCACACUCGAGAGAGAAGUAGAGAAAAGAGAUCAAAGAAGAAGAUAAAAAUACAUGCGAAGAAGAAAAAGAAGAAGGAAUGGAAGAUCAAUCUAGUGAGAGAUGGAAAGCAGCUAUCGUGAAUUUAUCAGAGAUGAAUACCAAUUUGGAUUCAUUACAGAAAACCCUCCUCAAAAAAGCUGUUUUUCUAGAUCAGGAAACCUUCUCUAAAGCAUCUCUUUGCUCCGACCAAGCACGGACGAUCAAGGCACUUGAGCAAAGGGUAGAGAAUCUAGAGAGGGAGCUGGAUAACGCGAUUACUGCGGCUGCUCGUGCUCGGUCAGAGAAAAGGCAGGCUGAGGCAGCACAACGAGCUGCGGAAUUACAUGCGCUAGAGGUUACGAGAGAGCUUGAGAACACCUCAAAGGUAUUUGAGCUGCACAUGGAAGAGUUGCGUGCAAAGCAAGUUGAAAUCUCAAAAAGAGAUGCUGACAUUAAACUUCUAGAAGCUAUAGUUCAAACCCUUGGUGGAAGAACAUCAUCUUAAAUAGAGAAGUAAGCUCCUCGCGUCUUUGUAUAUCAAGGUCCUUGCCUAUCUUUUCUCUUGUAACUUCGGAAAAAAUAUGAAAGAAAAAGUAAGCUCCUUGGGUCUCCGUGUAUCAAGGUCUAUCACUGAAUGAAGCUUUCUUUGUAUAUGUUAUUAAGAGUAUAUGAUAAACAGUGUAAGAGGUUUUGUUUCAUUUAGUCCCAUGAUUAUCUCAGCUUAAACAUGUAAUAUUCUGCUUA